GCCUACAGCCCUAAUGAUACGGAUCCCGGUAUAGAUAAUAGAGAUCGCAUUUUAUUUAUGUCACGCCCUGAACCGGCUACCUCCCCGUCGCUCGAUUAUCGAUUUUCGAAUUUAAUUUCCUCGAGCAUGUCGUACUAUUACUAGUCGACAUUUCGUGGAGAAGGAAAAAAAAAGAAAAGAAAGAAAAAUAGUUAAAAAAGGUGUUGACGACUCGCCGUUAUUUCGUUUAUCCAUCUAUAUAUAUUUGCAUUCUACGCUCUAAUUCGGGUGUAACCUAAUAUAUAAACUCUUUCAGACAUCCAACUAAACGAAUCUCUGGAUCAUAGUACCGCAACCAUGUUUCCCAUAGACAGGAGUCUUCUUCCGUCCUUGUCGACUCGCAGGGCGUUGAUCGUGGUGGAUCCCCAAAACGAUUUUCUGGCCGAGGAUGGCGCCCUACCUGUCAAGGCACCCGGAGAUAUGGCAGAACAAAUAGCGGAUCUGGCAACCGCGUUUCGACAGGCUGGCGGUGAUAUUAUCUGGGUAUGCAGUCGAUUCGAGAAAUCUCGAUCUAUUUUGGAUGAGCAGAUCUUGACCUCAGAUCGAGGUCCUCCUCGUUCUCCUGAUCUCUCGCGAGGCCGUCGUCGGCAAACGCCACCACAGCCAACCCAACUCGUCGAAUGUCCGGAGGCUUUCUUAACUCAAGAACGUUUGGAUCUACCGAAAUGUGUCCGACCAGGAACCUUUGGAAUAGAGAUGCAUCCAACUAUCAAGGCGAUAGUUAGCCCUAAGGAUUACUCGCUCGUUAAGUCGCACUAUUCAGCUUUCAAGUCGGAGCAGCUUCUUCGGUUACUACGUAUGAGACUCGUGACAGAGCUUUUCAUAUGCGGAUCUAUCGCCAAUAUCAGUGUUAUGGCCACCGCUGUCGACGCUGCAAGUCAUGGAUAUACCCUCGCCAUAGUGGAAAAUUGUUGUGGUUUCCAUAAUAUAAUGCGAUAUCGCAAUGCUAUUAAGCAGAUUUCAAACACGACAGGCUGCGACGUUUUAAACGCGACGGAGGUCUUGGCUUCUUUUAAGCCUAUACCAAAGCCCUCGAGAAAGUCAGGCGACAGGCCAGCGACUUCUCCAGCCGGCAGGUGCUCUACCGUACGUCGUGCCGGGGGUGAGGAUGAUUCUGUUGUGUCCUCGACCUCAGAUAUCUUGUCGUCGUUUGAGAAUCUGUCGCUAAGUGCUGAGCGUACAGCCGAUCCUACCGACCGUGAGCCAUCUGCGAAAGAUCCAACAAAACCGAUUCAACCCGUGGUGAAACCGAUAGCGGUCGAAGAUGACACCCGAAAGUCACGUGUUAAACGUUCUACUUCUUCGACGUCGGACAAAGCCGAAUUAGUUAGGCGACACGAAAAGCUGGAGCAAGAGGAUGAGUCACAAAGUAAUCAUCUCGAUGAUGACAAUAGUAAUGAUGCACAAGCCACAAAGCGGGGCAGCGAAACAAUAACUCCACCAACAGCUCAGACCGAUGGCGUUGUCUCUCAGGACACAUCAAAAACGAUCAAAUCUACCUCCGACGAGAAACCGAAAGAGAGUGUUUCCAACGAAGAACCAUUAAAAAGUGACGAGGAACCCCCGACUAAAAAAGUCGAUCCUGACCCCUCACCCGAGGAAAAAUCGGACGAAUCAUCAGGGACUGUGAGUGAGACACCAAUCGAUAAAUAUCUUGAACGUACAAAAACGACGUUAGUAGUUUCGCAAACUGAAAUUAACAUUAAUAGCAAAAUGGAUCCUGAGCAUACGACAACACCGAGGAAGAGUAAACCUUUAUGUGAAGGUGACACCCAAGUCAUCUACGACAUUCUACCGCCUCCAUUGUCGGAGAAUAUUUUUGAGAGGGUAAGAGAUGAGGUACAAUGGCAGAGGAUGAUGCACCAAGGUGGCGAGGUACCACGAUUGGUUGCUGUCCAGGGACAGAUGGAUGAAGAUGGUACCAUGCCAGUUUAUCGCCAUCCUUCAGACGAGUCACUUCCAUUACUCCCUUUCUCUCCUACCGUGCUCGAGAUCAAGCAGGAGACUGAGAAACACCUGGGCCAUCCUUUAAAUCAUGUCCUCAUACAAUUCUAUCGCGAUGGUAACGAUUACAUUUCGGAACAUAGCGACAAAACCUUAGAUAUAGCUAAGAAUAGUUUUAUUGCCAAUGUUAGUCUAGGAGCGGAACGAACCAUGACGCUCCGGACAAAGCGACAGCCGAAAAACACAACCCCGGGAGUUCCCGGAUCUUCCUCCGAAGGACCGAAACGCGUAGUUGAGCGGGCUCGAUUGUCGCAUAACUCGUUGUUUCAGAUGGGACUCAAGACCAAUAUGAAGUGGCUUCAUGGUAUCAGACAAGAUAAGAGAAUGGAUCGUGAAAAGUCGGAAGAAGAGUUAGCUUAUGACGGGGGCCGCAUCUCAUUGACGUUCAGGCAAAUAGGAACUUUCCUGUACCAUGAUAGCAGUCUGAUAUGGGGACAAGGGGCUACAUCAAAAACUAGGGGGCGGGCGAAGGAAGUGAUUAAUGGUCAGACUUCAGAAGCGAUUGAGAUGCUGCGAGGCUUCGGUAGGGAGAAUCAAUUGACGGAGUUCGAUUGGGACGAAUACUACGGCACCGGCUUCGACGUAUUACACAUCUCUGCUUCACCUCGAUUAUUCUUGUCGGCGGAUCCGAUAGUUAAUAUGAGUAUUCAAUUAAUGCUCGCUGAAUAUGGAGUUAGCUAUGCGAGGGGCAGCAUAUCGCCACUUUUCAAUUGGCAAAACGGCAAACCAACAAGGGAUCCUGCCGGCAUACCUGAUGUUUUACCUAUCAAGUUCGUCGAUAACGAUUUAGCCAGGACGUCUGUCCAAGGCGAAUUUACAAUCAUGAUUUACAUUGACCACGUCUAUGGCAAGAGUGAAGAAGGGGAUCGGUCACAAGCUGAUCUCAUCAAGGAGCGAUGCCGACAGGGCCUUAAUCUCUUAGAGAAGCAUAGAGCCGGUCUAGACGCCGAGGCACUUCGGACCGAAUUGGACAUGUGGAAUACAUAUGCCAGCGAAGGCAAUGACUUCAUCGCUGGUUCUGCUAUGACAUUAGUUGACUUUGCAUUCUGGCCAGUCCUCUAUGAUAUUGUCAGGGGAUCGCCGGAGGAAGAUGAAUUCAGAACUAAAUUUGAGAAACUGAGUGCCUACUACGAACGUAUCAAAGCACGAGAGUCUAGCAAAAAGGUUUUAGCCGCCUCUGCGUCUUGCGCACCUCGCACAAAUAAAACGCCGUCGAUAUCGGCAAACAAGGAGCAUGCGGAAGAACUUAGUGAUAUUACCGCUGAUGUUGCGGCUUCUGUCUCUACAUCUACCUAAUCUUCUUACUCUAUAUUACGAAGAUAUAGAAGUAAGACUCGCGAUAUAACGCACACUUAACGACAAAGAGCAUAUACACGGGAAAGGGGAUGUUCAUUGUAGCAUAGCGUCGGGUGAACAAAAGGAUGGCGAUAGGCCUAUUCGUUUUAGCCAAACGUC